AUGAAGAGGAAAAGAAAGGACCAAGGGACAAGGAAGAAAAAAGAUAAGAAGAAAGAGACAGAAGAUGUUAAAUCCAGAAAAAAGGGCCAGGCAGCGGAGACCAAGGCCACACGGACCAGUAGUGCAUCUCAGGCUUCAACACAUAAACAGAGCGAUCCCAGAGACAGCCACACCAGUGAAGAGAGAGGAAACAAACCUGGGGGCCAGUCUUCACCUAUCACAGACCACACUCCUGACAUGACCCUUUCAGAGACCCAUAACAGAGGGACUGGAAAAAUGGAUGCUGAAGUUCAGACUCUGUUCAGUUGCACAGAACAGUCCACACAAACUGACUCUGUCAGCCAAAUAACUCAGUCGACACAGACAGAAUCUGAUGUCUCUGAAACCACACAGCAAAUACAAGUGCCAACACAGACCAAACUUGAGCAGGCCAAUAAAGAGAGGAAAACUACAUCACAAGAGUGUGACAUGUAUCAUACUUCUGCCUUGCCUACUCUAGUCAAAAAGCCAUCCCCAGUGAGAAGUCCCACUGGGCCUCCUGUGUUCACCUGUCAUGUAUAUGCUGUGCUGGAAAAAAAAUUCAAGUUCAACAAAGACUGUGAUGUGCUUCUGCUGUUUCACAGUGACAAACACUUUAUGAAACUUGACAUUACAAAUUUCAUGGAUAUGGGAAAGCAAGGUUGUCUCGUAGAGGCAACAGUUUCAGUGCCGGAAAAUAUGAGGGGACAUAAUCUUGAGUACUGCUAUGCUGUACAGCAACAACAGAAAAAAAUUAUGGAAAUUGCCAAAAGAUGGAUUCAGAUACCAUUCGAGAAAAAAGAAAAAGAGAUGCACCUUUAUGAAGGGUUCAUACAUCGGGCUGAGUCUGCUUGGUCUGUGGGAGAGUUUUGGAAACGCCUGACUGGUUUAGGAGGAAAGAAAAUUUCAGAUGAUUGGAAUAACUCUGCCCGCAUCUUACUGGACACAGUCUUCCAGCAAUGGCAGCCAUCCAACCAGGAGACCACUGAAACAUUUGUAGAUCAUUUAAGUCAUUACCAGUGGGGUUUUAAUUUUGCCAGUCAGCGGGUGGCUUACUCUCAGGAUUUGUUUGCGCCUCAUGUCAAGGUUUCAGAAUUCAUUGUGGCAAAUUUGCUUAGGAUCUUGAAAGAGGACUCUGAGGAAGAAUCUUCCAAGAGCUCAGCUGUGAGAAACCCUCUGUUACUGGCCAUUUCAGUGUUCCAGGUGUGCAUUGCAUGUAAUGUAAAUCUAGAUGUAAAGGGCUGGGCAAGACUCUGUCAGCUUGUGUCCUCCGGCACUGCACUGGACAACAGAAAUCUGGAAGAAUUUAAACAAAAAAUGAAAUCUCCACUACAUUCUUUAAUUGGGCUGAUGAACCACUGUGCUCAAAUGCUGGUCUCAGAGGUUGUAUUGCUGGUCCCACUGCUCCAUGCUCUUAGACAGCCAAGGGCACAUGCAGGGACACUGGGCCCAGCCAUGGAGGAACAAGACUGGGCAGGACUGGAGGACGUGAAGUAUCAUACAUUCAGAGAGAGGCUUAGAGACUGUAGUGAUAAAAGGAGAAUGGUGCUGAAACUGAUCCAACAGAAAACUCCUCUGAUGAAAGAGAAACCUCGGAUUUUGACCAGCUGGCUCUCCAUGGUGGCAUUUGAAGAUGUUUCAGGGUUUGCCCAACUCUCAGAGAUUGUACCAAAACUCCUGAUUCAAAGUUUAAUGUACAGGCUGAAGGAAUUUGUGCUGGCCGUGAAUGACAAUAGAGCAAAGAAAAACAUACAGGCAGCCUCUUUUCUCCAGUGUUCCAUGAGCAUUCAUAGGAGCACUUGCCUAAUGUCUCGACUUGUUCAGUCUUACGAUGCAGCAGUGCUUUCCUUCCAGUUGGUGCUGAAAGUGGCUGAAAUCCAGUAUGCUGCUCUGUCAAAGGGUGGUGAGGAAAAAGCACAGGAGCAGACCCAGAUUUUGAAGAACCUGAGCAGUAUCCAGCAGGAGUUUAGCCUCUGGAGAGAUGGUCUUCUCAGUAACCCUCUGCUGAAGAACAAAUCCACACUUUCUUACCCCAGAGAGAUAGAGAUGUGGGGCGCUUUGUUUGGUUUGGAGUGCUCCAUACCUGCUGUUUCAGAGCAAUGGAAAGCUGCGGUAGAGACGGAUCUGAAAAAGAGGAUCUGUCAGACUGGUGAUGUGAGCAAGGUGAUGCUUUGCUGUCUGCAGUCUUCAGCAGAGGCGAUUGACAAAAGUCAUGCUGGUGUUCAGAUGUGUUUCCAAGAACUGUGUCAGUCAGCUAUUAAGACAAUAUGUCAGGUAGGGAAAGAGAGGGACCUGAUGCAUGCUCUUUGUUCUUGCUCCAAGUCAAUCCCUUCCCUUGUCCUGUCCUCCAUCAUUGUGGAGUCAGCAGCUCGGCUGAAGGAGGAUCGCGUAGCUCAGCUACUGGAGCCCUGGUCAGCCAUUCAUUUCCUCCUAUCUGGUGGUAACUGGAAUGAGUGGAAAGUAAAUAAUGAGGCUAAACAAGUGAUGCAGAGCUGCCAGUCUAAUUUCAGCACCUUGGUCAACUCGCUUUGUCAGGGUAGCAUACACCUGAGUGACCUACAGACCACUCUGAAAUAUGCGGAUAACUUCAAAAAGCUGUUUACGCAAUAUAAGAAAAACUGCAAAGUGGAGAACAUUUCGAUUGAUGCAGAGGGACUACUGACUCAGAGACGGAAAGACCUGAAAGCCUUCACUGAACAGAGGGAGCACAUCGGCACACUCAUCAAGAUGAUGGCAAGCGUGUCUGAGAGGAUCUGUGUGUCAGAGAUCUCCAUCCUUGAACAGCAGUACAAAUCUGAUCAGCAGGGUGUGAGUUUGAAUAAGCUGGUAACAGCACAGCCUUGCUACUGCAAAGUUGAUCUUGUGGAGCUGACCAGUGCUGUGGUGCUUUGCUACUCCUGUGACCUGAAAGUACAGAACAUGGCAAGGGAAAUGCAUGAGGUACGAGAAAGUAACCUCCUCCUCAGCUCCUGGAAUGAAACAGCUACAGAGGAAACCUCCAUGAUCCUAGAUUCUACGCCUGUUUCAAUGGACCUCACACAGGUCUAUGAUUACAUCUGGAAGCCUUGUCUGACUGCUUUCUAUCAACUAGGCCUGAGGAUAGCACAGGGGACUGUUAACUUUAAAGACCUAGACAAGGCUUUAAAGGGGUGUGAGGACAAGGGUGAUGGAACUCAGAUGAAGAAGGAGCUGAAACUCUAUGCCAGUAAACUGGAGAACUUUCAGGGCCUUGAGGAAAAUUGGGUGGAAGUCCGACUGGAUCAGAUCCAACAGUACAGACAGUUGUGCCAUGUGGCUGAUUCUGCCAGUGCCAUUUUAAGGAUCAGAGAUAAACUGAAUCUACAAGGAAACUUUGAACAUAUCAGCAGCCUGACUCAACUGAGAGAAGACUCCUUCAAACAGAGAGGGACACUGACAUCACUGAGUGAUGACCUCAUCAGUGCUGGGAAAAGGCUGCCAGAGACCAGACUGCACACUGACUGUCUGGAACAGUUUUUGAAGAACUACACUUUGGUGAAAUGGGUGAAAGCCAACCUCAAGAGUUUAAGUGAUUUGAAGGUCUUUGUAGACUUGGCCUCCAUUUCGGCUGGAGAGAAUGAUGCAGAGAUUGACCGACUGGCCAGUUUCCAUGAUGCUGUGAUGGGAUACAGUCCUUUUCUCUACUCCUUAGCUACUAAUGCAGGGUUUGAGGAAUUCAUUACCUGUGCAGAACAAGUCUGGGAAACUCUAAAGAGAGAUGAAAAACUUCCAGAGAAACUGAGAGAUUCCUGUCGCUGGCUGGACUGGUUAAAAGGUUUGAGAGAGACCCAUGGCUCUGUUGAGCAGUCAUCUCUAUCCUUGGCAUCAGCCAUUAACUCGCAGGGUGUUUACCAUGUGGGCUGGUCAGCAGACCCAACCGGGAAAAGAUGUCUGGGGAAACUUUUACAUGUGAAAAUAAAAAAAGACAAAGAGGAGAAGUCAUAUAGCCUAGAUGAGCUGCUGGAGUUGCAGAACAAACUCAUGUUGAUGUCCUCCAAAGGGGAACAUGGCAAAGAACAAGUCAACAAGUUCACUCAGGUUUUUGAGGGAGUUCAGAGAAUGGGUGCUAUCCUUCUGAAGUUGCACUCCUCAGGCAAUAUGCUGUUCAGGGACUGGAAAGCACUAGUGAAAUGCAACCCAGAGGUGCAGCCUUGCAUUCAAGUUAGAUUCUCCCUUCUGCAAAAAGAAGUUGUGUACCAUGGUGAUGUAACAGAUCAGCUGCAAGAGCUUUGUCGCUCUAUGGAGGCUUGUCACAAAGACUGGCAAGCCUUCUUAUCGGAGAUGCGCUCACGGCAUCACGCUUUGAACCACUACACAUCAGAGCAGUUGGUCUUCUUGUGCCAGACGAUCCACAGCACAUGCAUCAAAAAGAUGUCCGUGCCAUCACAGAUCUGGCAUCUGCUCACACCUAUUAAGCCAGGGUGUACCCUGAAGGACAUUAGAGAGGCCUUUGCAAAGGCAUCAGAACUGAUGGGGCUACAGCUUCAAUAUGACACUCCAGUGGUACCAGAAUCCAAAGGGACUUCAGACUUGCUACUUUCUGAGUCAGAAGAGGAGGUAGAGAACUUCCUGGAACUGCCAGAGGUAGGGCAUGAAAUGUUAGAAACUGAACUUUAUCCUUCACCACAGGUCCAAGAUGACAUCAUGGAGAGCAUUAUUGUGGAGAGUGUGGAAGACCUGUGGCACUGCUUUAAGGAGAACAUGCCAAGAUAUCUCCAGCAACACAUGGACAUUAGGACCCUUGCUUGCUUCCUUUCCUGCCUCUCUGCUGUUAACCAGCAGCAAAUCAAACGUAAGCUUCCUUCUGCUCUCCAAGCGGGGAGGCCAAAUCUUGUUCUUUGCCCUGUCGCUGAGGUGCUAAACACCGUACUUUGUUUUUACAUGGAAAGUCCUGAGCAAGCAUUACCUUCCAGCGAUGAGGUGUUAAUGUGUCAAGAGGAGACUUCACAGGAAGAAGUGGAGAUUUUCCUAAGAAGAUGUCUGGGACGAGGUACUGCAGGUGGCGAACAGAAGAUCUACUCAUUGGUAAACCCACAUUUACUGAGCUAUGAUGUUAGCGUGGCUCUGGGUGAAUUCUUUGAGGUGUUUGAGAGGAGUGCUGGAUCUCACUACUGCUUAGUGAUGGUCUGCCCAGUUAACCACCAGCACAGAUAUGUUCCAUCUUUCUUCAGCAACUACAAAGUUCAAGCAGGGCUGUGUGUAUGUACCGAGACAACCAAAAAAUACCUUUGUCAUCACUUCUCUGUUCCCUCGUGGCUCAGUGGUCACGCAGAUGUGUAUCCAGAUGGCCUGUGUGUUUGGAUUAUCUCUUCUGAACGCCCAGCUGUUGGAAAGUCACUUUAUAUCAAACGACUGUUUGAGAGGUUCCAAAAUGAGUUUGAAACUGUAGAGUAUAUGAGGAUCAGCCUUAUAGAGCCCCAAGUUGACUUGGAUGCCUUCGUCCAGACCCUUUCCAAAAGACUUGAACCACUCAGGGAGCAAGAUCCUGUACUCUUGCAUAUUGACACUGCAGCAGUUCGUUUUGGCCUGGAGGAGUUCCUGUUUAAACUACUCAUCCUCGGAUGUUUAAGUGACGGUGAGGGAAAGCUAUGGAGGAGAAAUGCUGCUCACUUAGUUGCUGUUGAGGCACUUCAUCCAAGACCUACUCAUCAUAAUCAAAGUGAAAAUAAGGAUGCAAAACAAGGACUUCUUCAUGCAUUACCUACAAUCUUCUGCAGACCUCCAAAGGAAGUCAAAUAUUUGGAGCUCACGUUUAGGAAAAAGAAAUACACAUCCUUAGAUCCACUGAUGGAUAAACAAGAGUUUGAAAGCGAAAGCAUUCAGAGACCUUAUCAGUACUUAAGAAGGUUCAUCAUAGGCGAAAACCUGGAUCGUUUCAAGUACCACACUGGUUCCAAAGAAGGUGAUCCUGUUGACUGUCUCCAUCAUCUUUUGUCAAACUGUGGACUGAAGGACCCAUCAUGGGCUGAGCUGAAGCACUUUACUUGGUUUCUGAACCUACAGCUGAAAGACUGUGAGAACUCAUUGUUCUGUGAUGCUGACUUUUUGGCAGACCAGUUAAGGGGCUUCAAAGACUUCAUCGUAAAAUUUAUGAUUCUGAUGGCGCGGGAUUUUGCAUCACCCUCCAUGGACAUCUCUGAUCAGAGUCCCGCUCUCAUUCGAGAGGCUGAUGAGGAGGAUGAUCUUUUGUCCCGUCUCACUAUUCGGAAAAAAUGGGAGAAUGAGUCACAUCCGUACAUUUUCUUCAAUGCAGACCAUGUUUCCAUGUCUUUCCUGGGAUUUCAUGUAAUGAGAGGUCAUGCUGGAACCUUCGAUGCUGUUGAUCCACAAAGCAACAAGAUGUUGUUCAGAAAUGUAAUGUCAGCUGAGCUCUUUGAAGGACUUGAACGACAAAGAAUUUCUCUACGUGAGGACUUUGAUAGUUUGCCUAGAGAGGACAAGAUCCAGAGGAUUUCAUUUGUUGUUGGUGCUAAGAAGGGAUGUGUGAAAGGGCAGUUUGAUCCAGAUCCGACAUAUGAACUCACAGCUGACAAUGUGAUGAAAAUGCUGGCCAUACACAUGAGAUUUCGAUGUGAGAUUCCAGUCAUCAUCAUGGGAGAAACUGGCUGUGGGAAGACCAGGCUGGUUCGUUUUCUCUGUGAUUUGCAAAGGGAGGGCAGAAAUGUGGAAAAUAUGAAACUGGUCAAAGUUCAUGGAGGAACUACUGCUAAUACGAUUUACCAGAGGGUUAGGGAGGCAAAAGAACUGGCUGAGUACAACCGCCAAAAAUACAAGCUGGAUACCAUCUUGUUUUUUGAUGAAGCAAACACAACGGAAGCUAUCUUUGCCAUCAAAGAGGUGCUGUGUGACAAAACUGUGGAAGGAUUUCCUUUAGGGACAAAUACUGGCCUAAAAAUUAUUGCAGCCUGCAACCCGUACAGGAGACACACUCUUGAAAUGGUGCAGCGUUUGGAGCAGGCUGGCUUAGGAUACAGAGUGAAGGCAACAGAAACUGAGGAUCGACUUGGUAAUGUACCCAUGAGACAACUAGUGUAUCGUGUCCAUCCCCUACCCCCAAGCAUGAUACCCCUUGUUUGGGACUUUGGGCAGUUGAGUAAUGCAGCUGAACUGUCCUACAUAAGGCAGAUUGUACAGAAGCAGGCAAGAGAGCACAAUUUGCCAAGGGAAUAUAAUCGUGUAAUUUCUGAUGUUUUGGCAACCUCCCAAAUGUUCAUGCGCAGUCAAAAGAAUGAAUGCAGUUUUGUGAGUCUUAGGGAUGUGGAAAGGGCAAUGAGGGUGCUACUGUGGUUUUACCAUCACCGUGACAACCUGUUCCCAGAUUGCCAGGAACUUGACACAGUUCAUAUGACUUUGAAAUGCUUAGCUCUUGCAGUGGGAGUUUGCUAUUACCCAUCACUGGUUUCCAAAGACCUGUACCUGAUGGCCAUAAGCCGAUGCUUUCCAGAGCCAUUUAACUCCCAGGAACGACUGGAGCAUGAGAUUUCCUCAUGCCAAGACUUCUUCCUGGAAAAUAUUCAGACAAGAGAGACAAUUGCCAAAAACUUGGCGCUCAAAGAAAACGUCUUUCUUAUGGUGGUCUGCAUUGAGUUAAGGAUUCCUCUGUUUUUGGUGGGCAAGCCAGGAAGCUCUAAAUCACUUGCCAAAACUGUUGUUGCUGAUGCAAUGCAACGCCAGGCCUCUCACGGUGACCUUUUCCGUAAACUCAAGGAGGUGCACAUGGUGUCUUUUCAGUGCAGUCCUCAUUCAAGUCCCGAAGGAAUCAUAGGAACUUUUCGGAACUGUGCCCGUUUCCAAAAGGAUAAGAACAUGGAUGAGUAUGUUUCCGUUGUGGUUUUGGAUGAGAUAGGGUUGGCAGAAGAUUCUCCACAAAUGCCACUAAAGACUCUGCACCCUCUUCUGGAAGAUGGGUGCAUUGACAAUGAAAGGCCUGACCCACACAUGAAAGUGGGAUUUGUAGGAAUCUCAAACUGGGCUCUGGACCCAGCAAAGAUGAACAGAGGUAUUUUUGUAUCAAGGUGGGAUCCCACAAAGGAUGAAUUAGUGGAGACGGCCAAAGGGAUCUGCUCAUCCUCCAAUUCUGUUCUUUCCAGAAUGAAACAUUUCCUCCCAGGAUUGGCAAAGGGCUUUUUGAACAUUUGUGAAGAAGUUCAAAACCAAUUCUUUGGACUUCGAGAUUUCUACAGUUUGGUGAAAAUGAUUUUUGCUAUUGUAAAAAACAAUAGCAACAAGGAACCAAGUGACAGUGAGCUGGCAGAGGCAAUAUUGCGUAAUUUCAGUGGGCAACCAGGGAACUUUGAUCCACUCAAGUACUUCCGAGGCCUUUUUCAGAACCCUGGGGAAGUUUCCAUACCCAGGACACUACAAAUGGUUGAACAAAAUCUUGACUGGCAUGACAACAAGGAGAGUCGCUACCUCCUGUUGCUCACAACCAACAAUGCUGCUCUUCACAUAAUCCAACAGCGCGUAUUCAGUAAGGGAAGCUAUGCACACCCUGAAAUUGUCUUUGGAUCAGGAUUUCCCAAAGACCAAGAAUAUGCUCAAAUCUGUCGUAAUGUCAGUCGAGUCAAGACCUGCAUGGAAACCGGCCGCAUGGUUGUCCUCUUGAAUCUACAGAAUCUUUAUGAAAGCUUAUACGAUGCCCUGAACCAGUACUACGUCUACUUUAGUGGACAGCAGUAUGUUGACCUCGGUCUUGGCUCACACAGAGUGAAAUGUCGUGUUCACAAGGACUUCAGACUGGUUGUGGUUGAGGAUCAAGAGAGGGUCUACAAACAGUUUCCUGUACCUCUCAUCAACAGGCUUGAGAAAUACAGAGUAGACAGGAGCACAGAUUUGACGUCUUGGCAGCACAGGGUCCUGGAAAAACUCGAAGAAUGGGUACGACAGUUUAGCCAGCAUCCAGGAUCAUCUACAGCAGAUUUUGGCCUGUCUGAUGUCUUUAUUGGUUUUCACGGGGAUGCUUGUGCUAGUGCCCUCUUGCAGGCUUUAGAGGAAAGAGAGCUGCAGACUCAUAAGAAAGGUGAAAAAUACAAUAAAACUGAGGAUGAAGAUGUGUCUGCAGUCGAGACAAUGACAGAAAACGAGACAGAGGUUCACAGAGAGAGAGAAGGCAUGGAUUUUCAUGAAAUGGAAUCUGAUGAUGGGAGAGACAGGAUUAUACCCAAGAGCAGCACUCAACCAGAAGAGGACCAAAGAAGUAUCCCCGAGGAGGCAGUUGAGGGGCAUGUGUCUGUGGAAGGUACAGACAGUGAUGAGAACUGUGAAGUCCCAGAUUCAAACAACACCAUCAGAGAGGAUAGUGUUCCUGUGGAAAUGGAGGCAGAUCAAGAUGUAAUGGAGACAGUUGGCAGCAGCAACUCUGAUAACAUUGAGGAGGAAGUGUUUGAACGUGCCAAAAGCUAUCUGCUAGGUUGUGCCACCCCUGACUCCAUGCUGAGGCUUAAGUACUCAGACCUAGCAAACCAAGAGAAGGAAAGGUUACGGGAAAUGUAUUUCAACCAGCAGCACCAUUGCUCCCUCAGAGACUUUUUAGACCACCACUUGAACAAGACCGAAGACUCCAGCAGGUUCAUUGAGAUCACCACAUUUUCCAGCCUACUCACUAAAGCAGAUGAGCGAAUCCUGGCUCAGGCUGUUGGCCUGUCCACUACGCGGUUUCUUCUUCUCUCACUGCACCAGUUUGACACAGAGGCCUCCUUCUGUGCCAAGAUAAGAAACUUCUUGAAGGCCGCUGGUCUCUCUCUCCAUAUUCUGCUGAUUCAGAUGGACAUUGAGGAAUCUCAAUGUAGUAAUGAGCUCAUAGCAUCAGCAAAGUACUGCACCAUGAAUGAACUGAUCUCAGCAGGGUCGGUUGAGCUCAACUGUUACGUUGUGUUUAUAACCAAAUUGUCCAGGAUUGCAAGUGGUGGUCAUUAUAUUGGCUUUCAAGGAGGUGUGUGGCUUUCAGUCCACAUCGAUGACCUCAGAGACAGUGAGGACAUGAGUUUGGACCUUUCUGCAUUCUGUGGAACCCCUUUUAGCAAGCUCCUGUCCCAGCCUGCACAAUUAGAGGUAAUGGACACUGAGGAUACUGCAAUAUCUGCUCCUGAAGGCCAGCGGGGAAGGUCAACACACCUGGACAGUUUGUCCCUUGUGAGAUCCUGUAUUCAGAAAGCAGUGGCUCUGUUGAGGGACCCAGACAAGGUGGCCCCUAGGAGCAUGGAGCGCAUACGCAUACUUUUUGUCCUUUUGGGGGAUGGUCUUGGUCGAACAGGAGCACAUUUUCAGGAGGCGUUGCUAAGCAGGCUGGUGGCUGCCUUAGUGCUGAAGGAGGAGCAGAUGUUUGAUCCAGGGGACUGGGUGAAUAGGGAGGCAAAGAAAUGUCAGGCACUACAAGAGGGUGGCACGCUCAGACACACACUGUGGCGUUGCUUACAAUCCACACUGAUGCCGGUUCUGGCCUGGAUCCUAGAGGCUCUGGACCGGUGCAGUAAUUUGGAUCUGCUGUGCUCUGCCGGGCUAAGCGAGGGCCUGGUUGGGUUUUGGUUGGAUGUCUUUAAAGACAAGCAGUUACUGGAUGUGGCAGUGCCUCAUAACUCAGGUGUGUCAGAGCAGGAGAUAAAUGUGCAGCACCACCUGUGGGUGGGAGAGGAAGCACGCCCAUGUGCUGCCCCCUUCAGUUGGCUUGUCAGAAUGUUCUGCUUGAGGCUAUGGGAAGAGUCAGAGUUUGUACCAGGCACUCAGGACAGCAGCACAGAGAGGGUUCGGCAGUUUAUGAGUACAGUGUCAGCCAGCAGGCUUGGGAACCACAUGAAGAAACUGACUGAUCAAGAUCGACUGGAACUGGGCCGACGCUAUCUGUCUGACUUUGUGCUGCUUUCCUUCAAAAUAACAUGUGAGAAGCAAAACUGGGUUUUCACCACAGCUGUGAUUAGCUGUGUCUCAGAGCUCCAGCAGGCCAUGAAUGUGACCCCUGACCUUUCUCCAGCAUGGAUUCUGGCUGCUAUUCAUCACUAUGCACCCAGACUGGAUACACUCACACACAUUCUUCAGCUUCAGUCUCAUGUGAUCCCCAUGAUUCUAGAACAGCGCUCACAGACUCAGCCUCCUGAACUGCGAGAAGAUAUUUUAGCCCUUGGGAUCUGUGUGGAAGAGACACAGCUCUUACCUCUGACCUCACCUCAAGAGUGCCAGUCUUUCCUGAAGAGAGUGGAACUCCUGCAGCCCUGUUUAGGAAGAGUGCUUGGUCAUAAUUACAGCACCCUCUGCAGUCCUGGCUGUCUCAAGAGCUUAAAAACCAUAAAGGGUAUAUGGAGUGGAUUGCUGGUCAUAGCUGCAUUCAUAGAGCAUGUAAUGACCGGAGUGAAGCAGAGUGAGGUUAAGUUGGAGGCCUUGACUCUGAAACAUUGUAACCAGCUAAAGAAGCUGAUGGAGGAAUCACCUGACCUGAAGAGCAAAGAAGCCCUGGAACAGCUGAUUCGCAUUCUCAAUGACUAUCAUGACGAAUCGAUAAGCCGAGAGCUGCGGUUUGGUGUAAAGUGUGAGGUGUGCCUGUCAGACUUUUCUAAGCCAUGCAUGCUGCCCUGUGAGCAUGUGUUCUGUACGGCCUGCCUCCGGAGGAGCCUCCAGAGGCCUGAGACACACUGCUGCCCCAAAUGCAGGACUGUGCUGCCUCCUGACUUCCAGCCCUCUGUCUCACCUGCUGUCCUGUCAGCGCUGGCACAGCAUGGUGAGGUAAAGAGGAGGUGUAACUCCUUCUUCCUGGAGGUGGUGUCUCACUUCUGCCUGUCUGAGGGUCAGAGCCUACAGGAGGAGGCUGUGGAGCUGCUCUUCUCCCUCCUCAUCUCAGCACAGGGGGGGGUGUAUAAAACCAGAGAGCUUACUCCAUUCCUGGAGUGUGUGGACCAGAGCCCUGUUGUGCGGUCUGUACUGCCCAAACUUCUACUUCAGCACAGCUUUAAGCAGGUGAAAGGACACAUUCAGGAUUACCUACAGAGCCUGGAGAAACAUGUUCUUGACCAGGAGGACCGAACUGAACUCUACCUACUGUUUGUUAACUGUUUCCAGGAUUCUCUGCACUGUGGUGUUGAGAGUGGGUCUCCAGAAGCUGGAAAACCCCAGAAGCGUGUGCAAGAGGAUAUCAGCUUCCUUAGCCGAUUUGCCCGUAAACAAACCCCAUCCAUAAACCAAGAGCCAGCAGAAUUCCUCCUGUGCAUUGCACGGCUGAAAACGUGCCUGUCCACUGCUGCCAGUCUAAUACAUAGAGUUAACAGUCAGACACACGGUAAGUGCCUCAGGUGGUGGAUUAUGGCAUCGGAAUAUCUGGGGCAGGUGAAAGCAGUGUUUGAGUACAGUGCAAAUGACUGGCACAGAGUUUACCUCCUCAGAGCCCUGAAUAAACAGGCUGGCACCCAGUGUGUGCAGGCCCUGAUCAGCAGCACCUCUUUCGCAUGGAUCUUCCCCAAAGAGGUCAUCCGCUUCCAGAAACUGAUACCAGGUGAAGUGGACCGGUUCCUGUGCUGUGGUCCUGUUUAUACGGCCCUCAGGAAUGCAAUUGGACAGGUCCUCCUGGAGAAGAGGACAGAUGCUCUGAAAACAGCCCUGCAGGUCAGAAAUGCUGGUGACUCUGGAACCAUUCUGCUGCCUCUAGCCUUAUUCAGACAGAUCACCUGUCGCCUUGUGUCUAGUGACCAGCAUCUAGAACCUCAGGACACCAAGAUCCUGGAAGACUUCCUGAAAAAACAUGUUAAGGGAGAUCUUUGUAUUGCUCUGUUGUCCAAUCGGAUUGGAGGUCUGGAGUCCCACCUACGGAUCAGCGGCAGCAUGACGGCACAGCGACGCAUCCUGCUUGAGCUCCUGCUGCAUGCUAGCUCUGUUUUCUACAGUGAGCACAGACUCCUGUUAGAGCUACAGCGCAUAGCCACCCAACCUCACAGCAUGAGGGGGGCUUUCCUGCCAACAAUGCCCGACGACCACAGCAGUGAGGCUCAGCAGUGGCUAACGGAACGUCGUCUGACAAGAUACAAAUGCCCCAAUGGACAUAUAUGUUUUGUUGGAGAGUGUGGAAAAACAAUGGAGGAAUCUACUUGCCCAGACUGUAAAGCCCCUAUUGGAGGUUUAAACCACAGACCGGUGCACGGCUUCACUCAAGUCAUGGGUAACAUAGGUGAUCAGACACGACCUGGACACAUAUUGGGAGAUGCCCGUCGGAGAACGGAGGCCCCGAACAGACAGUUGUCUCUCGCCCAGUCCUCUGUCCUCCGCCUCCUCACCCACCUGGCCAUGCUUCAGGGAACCAUUCACAACCUGCAGGUAAUCCGUGAAAUGAUCCAACCAGACGUUCUAGAUGUGCAGGAGUUUCUGUUGAGACAUCUGGAAAAGGACAUGGAGGCUCUGAUGAAGACCCUGAAUUGUAAUGUGGAUGAAACAGCCACCAUCAUUCACCUGAUCCUCAGUUCCUCCACUGGGUUUACUGCAGGUCGUGGGCAGAGAGCGGAUCUGAGCUCUCGGCAGUCCAGAGAACAAUGGGAAAAGCUGAUCAGUGAUUCUCUCCUGAAUCCUGUCAUCAAGGAUCUGCAAAAUAAGCUGACCAGAGCACAGGAAAUGAUCAGAGCAGAUGAUCGGCUGACUGAUAGCCCCCUGAUGAAACUCCUCCACACGGAUCCCCGACCCACCAUACCCCUCCCAUCUGACUGUCCCACUCACCAGUCGACCUUCUGGAAUGUUCCAGACACUCUCACUGUGGAGCGUCUCUCCCAGACUAUAGACCAAAACCAGAAAGGGAAGUCAGCCUCUCUGCUCUCGCUGUUCCUAAAGAAGGUGCAGGGUGUGCGAUUCCUGGCUCACUUGCCUGAGCUGGCCUCACUGCAGGCCGACCUCACAAAACUUGUGCCUCCUAACACAGACACGGCCACACAGACUAUUGCCACAGUAUUGCAGAGUAUUCCUGCAGGCCAGCAGAGGAGGGUUCUGCAGGAGAGAGUGAGAAUCUUCAUUGACGUAUGGAAUCAUCUCCGCAUGGAGGUGGCCAGCUCUGAUUUGGGGGUAGAUAUUGAACUGUGUCAGAAGGAGGUGACAGUGGACAGUUCAGGGCAGUACUUGUCUCUGAGUCAGCGUGGACCAGGCUCUUGUCUCCUCGUACUCAUUGAAUUCCUGUCUCAAACUCACAACAGCCUUAUUCGAGAAGCCAGGAAGUUCAGCAAACAAGAAGACAGUGAGUACAGCUUACCAGUGGGGGCACUGUCUGAGAGUCAGCUGGUGCUGUGUCACCCAGAGAGAGAGCUGCUGCCCCUAGUGUUGGCUCACUGUCAUUACACCCUGGAGAAAGGAAAGCAGACACACAGCAGCUACGACCUGCAGGCAGUCCAAAGAGAGCUCUACCGUCGCUUCCUUGCAGGCAAACCAAUCAUUAAAGCAGACAAGGACAAGUAUUUGAUUCGUCAUCACCAGGAUUUCUCUAUAGUCUUGGCAGAGGUCAUAGCCAAGAUACCACAGGAGCCAUUGAAAGGCUCAGUGCGUAGUGCCAUGCGGACGGUCCUACGUUCGUUCACAGACGUUUGUGACGCUGUUUUUGUGGUGGAGAUCGGCUUGCGUCUCCUGGGCAAAACUGGAGGUGACCCUAGCACUCCAUUCCUUAUCUACCUCAGAGAUGGGCUUGAAAUGAAACAGCAGAUCUCAGGCAAUGUGGCCAAGGCCCUGGAGGGCAGCCGGCUCUGUCACAGCACAGCUGUCUGGCAGCUCCUUACCUGCUGGAAAUCAGAGGUGAUGCUGAAGAAAGAACAGGACCCCUUCCCAAGACUCUCCAAAGAGUUCAGAGAGAAGCUGACCUCAGAGGAGAGGAGGAGAGUAAAAGACUUUCUGGGGGAAACUGACGUUGACCUCUUUGCCCUGGAGCUGCAUGAGAUACUUCAGUUGAAGACCAGUAGCACAGCAGAGGAUGGCUACCAUUGUACCUGGGACAUCAGGUCCACCCUCGAGAGCUAUCUGGAGCAGAAGAACAUCCCAUGUCUCCCUGCAGUAGACUGCUUAUCAGAGGAGAUUACUCUGCAUAAAGCUGCUGACACGUGGAGGAUGGCGGUGGAGUUCAAGAAAUGAAUUUGCUGAUCAUCUACAACACCACUCAAAUCCAAAUAUAUAAAACGUUAUUAGUGUGGAUCGGGUACAGACAAAAAUGCAGAAAUCCUUAUCAUUGGAUGAAUUAAUGCAGUGUUUGCACUUGGAAACAUUUGUUCACUUUCUGGUUGAUUUAUGUCAUUCCAUAAAAUUACUGUUCCUCUUAUGAG